GAAAAAAGAAACGAGAAAAAGAAAGAAAGGAAGAGAGAGCAAAAGAAUAGGGGAAGUUGAUGGAGGAGAUUGUUCCUUUUGUGAACGCUUCAAUGGCAUAAAUUUCCGGCCAUAACAUUUCUUCUUGCUUCCUUCCUCUCUUUCUCUCUCUCUCUCUCCCUAGUUUCUCGAUUCGAUUCAUCAUUCUUGUUCACCUUCCUUAUUCUUCUUUGAUUCAUCCCCUCUCUUCUUAUCUCUCUACAUUUAGGGUUUCCUGUUUUGACAUUUCUAGGGUUUUUCUUGUUUGUUCUGUACCGUAGACGGCGAAUUGCAAAAGGGGGAAAACACCGCUAUCGAGGCCUUUAUUUUUUUUUAAUAAUUUCCCUUUGUUGUGGUUUCCCUCAGGUUUUGUAGAUCUGAGGUUGCUAUUUUUGAAUAUCAUCAUCCUCCAUCAUCUAGAGUUCUUUUGGUCGUGUGUGAUCAAAAAACGGUAGCUCCAUUUCUGGUGGAGGAGAAGAAGAAAAAAGCGUAAGGCAAUGAGCGCUUCGAGGUUCAUAAAGUGUGUCACCGUUGGCGACGGAGCUGUUGGCAAAACCUGUUUGCUGAUUUCUUACACCAGCAACACUUUUCCUACGGAUUACGUACCGACUGUUUUCGAUAACUUUAGUGCUAAUGUGGUUGUUAACGGGAGCACUGUCAACCUAGGACUAUGGGAUACCGCAGGGCAGGAAGAUUAUAACAGAUUAAGACCUUUGAGUUACCGCGGUGCUGACGUUUUCAUCUUAGCAUUCUCUCUUAUCAGUAAGGCUAGUUAUGAGAAUGUCUCCAAGAAGUGGAUCCCAGAGCUGAAGCACUAUGCCCCUGGUGUCCCAAUAGUUCUUGUUGGAACCAAACUAGAUCUUCGGGAUGACAAACAGUUCUUCAUUGACCACCCUGGUGCUGUACCUAUUACCACUGCUCAGGGAGAGGAACUGAAGAAGCUAAUUGGAGCUCCUGCAUACAUCGAGUGUAGUUCAAAAACACAGGAGAACGUGAAAGGUGUAUUUGAUGCAGCAAUCCGAGUGGUUCUUCAACCUCCAAAGCAGAAGAAAAAGAAAAGCAAAGCACAAAAAGCCUGCUCCAUUUUGUAAUUUCUCUACGUUUUCGUAUGUCUCUCUAUCUCUCUCUGUCUCUUCCACUCGUCUAGUGAAGGCUUAAGAAGAAAACACAUUGGGCUUAAAGGUUGUUCCAGGGUUCGAAGAAGUAAGCUCUCUUAAUCCUUUAAAAAAACGAUUACUUCUGUUUUACUGAUAAAUAGUUUCCAGCUUUGGCUGAGACCUAAUAUUGCACUACUACUCUACCUCUCUAUUAUUCCUUCCAUUUCAAUGACUAGUUGAAGAAUGCAGAGAUGUUGGAUUUUCCACUUCAA